UGGUACAAGCCGAACUUGGCCGCGCACAUGCCCGCCGCCGCCCUCAACGCCGCUGGAAGUGUCCACUCGCCUUCCACCAGCAUGGCAGCAUCCUCCCAGUACCGCCAGCUGCUGAGUGACUAUGGGCCACCAUCGCUGGGCUACACCCAGGGAACUGGAAAUAGCCAGGUGCCCCAGAGCAAGUAUGCGGAACUGCUGGCCAUCAUUGAAGAGCUGGGGAAGGAGAUAAGACCCACCUAUGCAGGGAGCAAGAGCGCCAUGGAGAGACUAAAACGAGGCAUCAUUCACGCACGAGGACUGGUUCGGGAGUGCUUGGCUGAAACGGAACGGAAUGCCAGGUCCUAGCCUCCCCGCCAGCUUGGGGGUUCCUGGCUCUCUACAGCUCAUCUCCCCUGUUCAGAUGAAAUACUCAUUUUCAAAAUGGUAACAGUUUAGUUUUUUCUCCCAAGAUUCACAGUCUCAAAAUAUUGGGAAAAGAUUUCGAAGUUAAUUAGGAUUUGCAUUUUAAGUAGUUAGGAAUGACCCAGGUUUUUUUGUUUUUGUUUUUUUAAGAUGCAUGUGAAGUUAUUUUUCAGCAAACUAUUGUUUGGCUCCAAGAUACCAGUGUCUCCCUUUAAUCUUUUGAAUACUUUAUGUCACCCAAGUUGUUAUUUGUACCUUUU